UCUUUAAAUAGUGUCGGCUAAGGCAUGACGUAUAUACUUACAUGUAUAUAUGAACCUUGUGUAGAUAAAGUGCUGUUUUUAUAAUGAAAAUUGUGAUGGACGAAGAGAGUGGACCGAAAGAUAAUAGAAAAAUGUCUUGGCUACCGUUCUUAAGACAAGCAUACAUUUGUUCCGGGGAAACAAUAUUACAUUUUUGUUUUGGACUUUAUUUUGGAGCGCCGACUGUAUUCAUUCCACAAAUACGAAAGGAGGCUAAUAAAACUGAGGCUAUUAGCUUGGAAAUGGAAUCAUGGUUAUCUUCUACAAUAACAUCUUACUCAUGUAUACCUUGGACAAUUAUAUUACCAAUAAUGGCUUACUUCUAUGGCAGACGAGCUCCAUCGAUUCUUUUAUGGACUUUGGUAUUGAUUAGUACAAUGGUGCUGUUAUUUAGCACGACGAUUAUGGAAAUCGUCAUCAGUCAAAUAAUAAUUGGUGUUCUUCCAGGAUCAACUUUGACAGUGUCAAUUAUGAUAUUUACUGAAUAUACAUCGCCUAAAUACAGGGGAGUGUUCCUUACAGUGAAGGCUGCAACAUUCUUUUGGGGCGUUUGGGUUGCAAAUGUUAUCGGAGCAUACUAUCAUUGGAAGAAUAUUGUUACUGUGAUGACAGUUUGCUGUGUGUUGAGCUCUUCAAUUAUCUUGUGGCCAGAAUCCCCAAUGUGGCUCGCUAGUAAAGGACGAUUCGACGAAUGUGCUAAAAUCCACAGGUGGCUCAACGGACAAGAUACUAAUUCUGAAAAGGAAUUAUCAUGUCUUAUCAAAUUACAGAAGACAAAACUAUCAAAAAAUAGUCAAAAUAAAGGCAUUAGGGAAGUACUUUUGAAAUAUAUUGGAGUCAUAAAGCUAAAGACAAUCUAUAAGCCUAUUAUUUUCACAGUUUUAUCAAGUCUCCUAUAUAUUUGUUCAGGCAAAUUGGCCUGUUCUGUAUACGCUAUAACAAUUAUAAGGAAAAUCACGAUUACCGAAGAAGCGGCAUAUAACGAUAUGUUAAUAUUAGAUGGAUUUACUAUUUUGGGGAUGUACGUUGGAUGUGUUCUUUCAAAGUAUUGUAAAAGAAGAAAAAUACUUAUUUACACCAGCCUAACUGAGGUUCUCUUCCUAUUUAUUUUGUCACUGUACAUGUAUCUCAUUAAGAGCUCAAUUAUUACUGAGAAUCAAUACUUUACUAUAGUAUUGCUAACUAUAUUUUCAACCGCAGUUAGUUGUGGUCCAAUUAUAUUAGGUCCAUGUAUUUGUGGUGAAUUAGCACCAAUUAAAUACCGAAGCAUUUAUUUCUCACUUAGCGCUAUUGUCAUGUCAACAUUAAUCGCAACUACUAUAAAAAUUACUCCCGUUGUAUUUGAAAAUUUUGAAAUGCACAUAUUCUUUUUAUUGAGUGGGUUGUCAACUUCUGUUGUUAUUGUAUUAGUGUAUAAAUAUUUGCCAGAAACAAAAGAUAAGACUGUUCAAGAAAUACAAAGACUGCUUCUAGAAGGUGGAAUAGAAAUCAAAGAAGAAAUAGCUGAAGACGAAAUGUCAGUAAGGAUCAAUGGCGGCGACAGCCAAAAAAAUAAUAUAGCAAUGGAUUUAGGAUUUUUAGAGCAGAAAAAUACUUUAAGUGAAUAAAAGAUCGUGUUUCGAUCUGAGUGUGAUAAUUAUUCUGACAAAUUUACUAAAAUGUCGAAACCCAAGGAUGAUUUAAAUAGCUUUCAUGGAAGAUGCUAUUUACGAAUUUAAUUCAGUUUUUCAUUUAUUAUAAUUUAAUUAUAAGUAGCAUCUAGUAAUUGGUAUCUACGGAAUAACUACCACCAACGACUAUCGUUACUAAAAAAAAGAGUAAAAUAAAAGACCUUUUUAAGGUUAGAAAACAAUGAAAAAUAAAUAGUAAUGCCUACUUUUAGAAUUUAGAAGUAAUUGCUGACAUUGAUAUUGUUACCAUUUGCAUCAUAUUGUAAACAACGCACUAAGUGUCGUUAUUUUUAUGUUUAUUAAAAAAAAAUAGUCGGUAUUUUAUUUUGUAGGCUUUUUCAGUUUAAUUUUUAAUGAGCAUUGUGUAAUUGAUUUGAAAUAGAUUGUGUAACUGUAGUUGAUCAUUGUUAUUCAAAUGGGUACGUAAAAAAUAUAAAGUUUUUUUUUUUAUAAUUUUAUGCACCUACAUUAGUUUCACUUUCUUUUUUGAAAUGUAGGCUUUUUCAGUUUAAUUUUUAAUAAGCAUUGUGUAAUAGAUUGUGUAACUGUAGUUGAUCAUUGUUAUUCAAAUAGGUACGUAAAAAAUAUGAAGUUUUUAUUUUUUAUAAUUUUAUGCACCUACAUUAGAUUCACUUUCUGCAGUUAUUUUCAGUUUAAAUUUUAAUAAACAUUGUGCAAUUGGUUUGAAAUUGAUUGUGUAAGUUCAAUAAGGUAUGUAAAAAAAUAUUAAAUUAAUUUUUUAUACCUUCAUUAGAUUCACUUUCUUUUUUGUAAUGAAACCAAAUCAAAUCAAAAUCACUUUAUUUGUGUAGGUGACGGAAAUGACACUAAUAAUCAAAAAAAAUACUAUGAAUUUUAAUGUCAUAAAAACCAACCAUAUAUAAAAAGUAUAAUUGAUUCAACUAUUAACAUCCACAGACAUUUUGUUACAAGUUUAUACAUACUAUUAGCGAAAAGACUUGAAUAAAUUCAUUAAUCAUCAGUUCA